ACAAAAGACAGCUGAUCUUGACAUUGUAAAUAAUUCAGAUUUGCUAGGUUAGUUUUGCGAUAACGAAAAAAAAAACAAUAGAAAAAUGUCGAAAAUAAUAUUGAACGCAAUUAAAAAUUCACGUAAUAUUAGCAAUAAUAUUAAUAAAAUAACUAGCAGCAAUGUUGUUACAAAACGUUACUUAAUGCAGAAUAUCUGGAGUAAUACAACACAGCAUACAGCUAAGUUAUUGGAUUCGCCUAAAAAUGUGGGAAUUUUACAAAAUAUCCAAAGAUCUAUGUUUAUACAAACACAAGAUACCCCAAAUCCAGACAGUUUGAAAUUUUUACCGGGUGUCGAGGUGUUGGGUAAGGGAAGUACCUAUGAUUUUCCUUCUGUAUCGGCGGCCUACUGCAGUCCCUUGGCUAAACUUUUGUUUCGGAUUGAGGGUGUGCGUGCUGUAUUUUUUGGAGCUGAUUUUAUCACUAUUUCCAAGCAAGAGGAUGCUGAAUGGGGUGUUAUAAAACCUGAAGUUUUUGCUGUUGUUAUGGAUUUCUUUGCUAGUGGCUUGCCUAUUUUAAAUGAAGCCAAACCAAAUACCGAUACACAAAUUGAAGAUGACGAUGAUGAUGUUGUCAUGAUGAUAAAAGAACUAUUGGACAGUCGUAUACGACCCACCGUACAGGAAGAUGGUGGCGAUAUUAUAUUCAUGGGCUAUGAGGAAGGCAUUGUAAAGUUGAAAAUGCAAGGCUCUUGUUCGUCUUGCCCCAGUUCAAUUGUCACCUUAAAGAAUGGUGUAGAAAAUAUGCUACAGUUUUAUAUCCCUGAAGUUCAGGGUGUCGAACAAGUAUUCGAUGAGGUGGACAAAAUUAUUGAUAAGGAAUUUGACAAGUUUGAAAAAAAUCUAAAGGUUAAAGAGGAAACUGUUGGCGCAACUGAAACCAAACAAUAGAAUGUUUAAGAAUUAUUAUUAAAUUGUUGUUAUAUAAGAUAAUGGUAGCAAAAUAAAAUAAAUGUUAUAGA